AUAUGACAUAUAAAUGUCAUAUUGCGCUCGCAGCACUCGACCGCACUGUUGACGCUCGCGACGCCAUUGCGCGAGAUUGCGCGCGUCGCCAUCACGGGGCGCGACGGAGAUCGCAUGAUUUAUGGCGCACCGCUUUUGUAAUUCGCGUGUCGAAGCUGAUCGACGUGACUCAGACGUCCGCGCGUCUAGACUGUGCCGUUGACGGAUCGCGCUGUGUCUUGUUGCACUUAAUAGCCUUCACGGAGUCUCCUCGAAGAGGACGAGAAGAGAACGGUUACUGAAGCGACCGACCGUUUCCCGAGUUUCUCGUUAAGAGUGCUGCUUUGUUUUCACGACAGACGAACGAAAGGAACAGCACGUCGAGAGUGGCGUCGAGAACUCUUGAGUUUCUUCCUCGACGUCUUGGAGAGAUUUUAAUUAAAUUAUAGUUUCCUCUGUUUUUACAAGCACGGAAUCGUGAAUAAAGGAACAAUGUCUGAUGAACAAUUCUCCUUGGUGUGGAACAGUUUCCCGAGUAACCUUUCUUCAGGCUUAUAUACUUUACUAACGGAUGAACACUUAGUGGAUGUUACAUUGGCCGCCGAGGGCCAAAUCUUGCGAGCCCACAAGUUAAUAUUGUCAGUAUGCAGCACGUAUUUCCGAGAACUUUUCAAGGGAAACUCCUGCAAACAUCCUAUUGUUAUACUGAAAGAUGUCAAUUAUCGAGAUUUGUCUGCGAUGCUGCAUUUUAUGUAUCAAGGCGAAGUCAAUAUUAAGCAGGAGGAUAUUGCCAGUUUUCUAAAAGUUGCAGAAGCUCUACAGAUAAAAGGACUGACUACGGAAUCAGAUAAGAAAUUCAAGGAAACUCUUAGAAGAAAUGACGAGGACUUUGAAGAUCGUGGUUUCUAUGAAGUAGAUAAAGACAAAUGCGAUCCUGUCGGUACGGACGAAAGCGUUUCCACUUUCGGCAGGUUAACGCACAUCGUGAAAGAGCAAUCGACAACGAGGCAGAGCACUUCGACGGAAAGUACUUCAACAGAAAGGCCACUUAUGGUACAAACAUCAAAUGCAACUGACGCUUGUCAUUGGCAAGGUUAUACAGAAGGUGAUUAUGGCCCGGAAAUACAGACGACGUUCAGCGGCGAGAGAUGCGGAAGUGCGGAUGGGUCAAGCGGUGUGGAAGAGCAGCCGUUGGAUUGCACGUCUGACAUGAGUCAGUUGCAACCGGUCAAGCAUGAACCGUUGGAUUAUACAAUGGACACGGACGCGGAUUCGGGAUACAGAUACACAGCGGAAAAGGUCUAUGCCAGCAACGAGAACGCGCCGAAACAAGAUUUCGUGCCAGACACGCAGUUAAUUUCCUACAAUCAGAAAUCACAAACUCAGCCGUUCGGUUUGAACGAUGCAGCGACUUAUCAAAGUGAUUUCAGCUACGAAACGACGAAUUCCAGUAAUAAGGGUCGACGUACCGUCAAAGGUAUUCCCAGUAGUAGUCUGCCGUUGGAGACGACGCUACGUGUGGUCUCACAACUGGGCCCAACGUUGCGCAUGGAGCAAGGCAAGAUAAUACGUAUGUAUGCGUGUCCUUGGUGCCUGCGGCAGUUCACGCGCAAGGAGAACCUCAAACUUCACGUUCGUUAUAUUCAUGGUCCACUUGAAAGUCUCACGUGUAAACUUUGUGGUAAUAAAUAUAAGAACAGUAAUAGUCUGCGUGUACACUCCUACCUCUAUCAUAACGCCAAACGGGAGAAGAGUGGCAAAUCGCUGGCAGCGAGUGGCGAUGAUGGCGAUGGUGACGGCGGCGGUGGCGGUGUGUGAAAAGAUCGAUUCUCUUGAAGAAAUUAUCUCUUCUUUGACUAAGCGAGCCCUGUAAAAGAGGGCUACUAGAAUUGAGGAGUGUUAACGGGGAAAGGAAUGAAGAACGACGAGUCGCGACUGAAAUUUGUUAUAUUUAUACAUGCGCAUUAUAUUUAUAUCAGUGCUAUCCAAGGUUUUACUUAGAUAUGACGGAUGGUCUGUAUUGAUCAUUCAUUUAAACUUAUUGCCUUUUAUACUUCUUACUUCGUAACUGUUUUCGUAAUAUCGAUGAUCUAUCUCAGAAAACGAAAUCAGUUUGAAAUUGUUACAUAUAUGUUUUGACGUAUAUAUAUAUAUGUGUAUAUUUAGACACAUCAAGUUCACUUUCAUAUGUAUUCAUGAAUUUUUAAUCAUUAUUAUAAAAUAUAUAAGAAUGAUAAUAUAUUUUAUAAUAAUUAUAAUACAUUUUUAAACAGCAUUGAUAUACGUCAAAAAUUUCUAACAAUUUUAAACUAACCUCAUAUCCGAGAUAUUAUCAUCACACGAAAAGAUAGCUACGAAGUAAGAAAUGAGAAUAAAAACAUAAAUAUCGACAUGUCAAUAUCUAAGCAAAACUACAAAUCCUGGAGAGCAUUAAUUUAUACGAUGCUAUGACUCGCACAAGCGUAUAUAAAUAUGUAAUAAGAAUCUAUUUAUAGACACGUAAUAAGUACCUAUUUCCAUACAAUGCUACAAGAAUUAUGCGAGAAAUUUAUAGAAAUAAAGCGCCUUAUUGUACACAC